GAGACAGACGCCAAUUAUCAGCGCCGGAGAAGACAUCGCGAACGCUUCCUGGCCAUCCAGCGUAGAUGUCAGUGAAACUGUUGGGAAGACAACGUUGGAGAAACGUGAACAUUUUAUUUGUACUGUAUAAUCUGCAGAUUCUGACCGAAAUCUGCAACGAUCCUUUGAAGCACCGCUCCUCUCUAAAACAGCAAUAAGGAUCAUUAUUAGGUUAUCUACAUUAUUAUGUAAAUAACUUUAUAACUUAAAGCAAAAAUUGGGAAACGUAAAGUCCGAAGUCUUUAUAUUAAGGGCCAUCAGUCAAACAAUAUUGUUUGCUCUGGGUCCAAACAGAGCGCGUUGUGUGUGACGUCUUCUUUUGCGCAUGCGGGCCGCUUUGAGCGUUCACACUAGAGCGCGUUUGCUGUCGCAUUUUAUUUGUAGUGUGAACAAGCAGACAAAAAAAUCGGAUUUGAUCAAAAAAUCGGAAUUGAGCAUUAAGACCUGCAGUGUGAACGUAGCCUUAGAGAGAAACCCCCUGAUUCAUACAGCUGCUGAUGGAGAGGAGAGAACCACUACUGUACCGUAAAGGAGGUGCGGGCGGAGCCAAAGACUCCCCGCCCACUCGGCAAAAUGGCAGCCAGCAUGGAGAACGUGGAAGAAAUUCGGAAUCGAGUAAUAUUGGGAGAAUUUGGUGUGACGAAUGUAAGUGCGGCUGUGAUCGUGGAUUUGGAGAGGCACAGCAUGUCCUCUGUGGGGUGGUUCAUACUACGGAUUUCCCUGGAAACUACCCCGGAUAUGACGACACUUGGAACGUGGAGAAAUUUCAAAAGAACUUCAGAAUCGAUGUCGUGCAUCUGGAUGAAAACAGUAUGGAGUUCGACAUGGUGGGGAUUGAUGCAGCCAUUGCCAAUGCCUUCAGAAGGAUCUUACUGGCAGAGGUGCCUACUAUGGCUAUAGAAAAGGUGUUCAUCUAUAGUAAUACCUCCAUUGUCCAAGACGAAGUCCUGGCCCACAGAUUAGGCCUCAUCCCCAUCAAAGCUGACCCUCGUCUGUUUGAGUACAGAAACACUGGGGAGGAGUCUGCAGAGGAAGAGGGUUCAGAAAUAGACACAAUUCAACUGCAGCUGAAGAUUAAGUGCAGCAGGAAUCCCAGAGCAAGCAAAGACUCAUCAGACCCACGAGAGCUGUACUUAAACCACAUGGUUUAUUCCAAGGACAUAAAGUGGGUCCCCAUUGGGAACCAGGCAGACGUGUUUGCAGACUGCUGUAUUGGGCCUGUGCAUGAUGACAUUCUGAUAGCUCAACUACGACCGGGACAAGAGCUGGACAUUGUCAUGCACUGUGUCAAAGGAAUCGGCAAAGACCAUGCCAAGUUCUCCCCAGUGGCCACAGCGAGUUACCGCCUCCUCCCAGAGAUCACCCUCCUGGAGGUGGUGGAGGGAGAGAAGGCGGAGCGAUUAAAACAGUGCUUCUCACGAGGAGUUAUAGACCUGGAAGAUAUUAAUGGGACAAAGGUUGCCAAAGUUGUGAACAGUCGCCUGGAUACAUGCAGCCGGGAAGUCCUCCGACACAGUGACCUGAAGAAUGUGGUGAAGCUUGGACGAGUGCGAGACCAUUUCAUCUUUACAGUGGAAUCCACCGGGAUCCUGCCUCCAGACGUCUUAGUCACAGAGGCGAUUAAGGUCCUCAUGGCUAAAUGUCAGAGGUUUCUCAAUGAACUGGACUCGACUGUUAUGGAAUGAAAGGAUGACUGAGCAGCCCGUCAGACCUCGGAUGGUUCUCACUAUGCUGUCAGUGGAAUGACUGUGUUCAAAUAUUCUAUACUGAUAAAGGUUACACAGAAAUUUCAAAAUGCAGGUGUUUUGUUGGUAUCAUCUGAGUAUGUAUAUACAGCUUUGUCUGGUAUUUUGUAUACUUUC